AUGUGUCCAUUUCCUGACUGUGGAAAAAGCAUUGAAAUUCUUGAGAAGUUCAUCACAGCUGAAAUGGAUCUUAGACGUGAUUUAGAAUCUAGUACUUCUUCAUUAAGAAAUAAUAAUUUGAAAAGUAAAACUACUGAUAUAGAUGAGGAGUCCAAUAAAAGACCUAUCGAAGUUGUUAUUGAAGAGGCAAUUACAAUUCAAGAUAAAUUAUUCAAUAAGAAAGCAAAACCUACCAAACUGCUUGAUAGAGAAAAAUCAUUAAAUCUGAAAAAGCUUAUUGAUAAAUUGAUGUCUAAAUACAAGCUCCCACAAAUUAAGGAAAUUGUUGAAGAAAAUAUACCAGGAGGAUAUAGUACUAAUUUUUUAUAUUUUUUUAGAAAAAUUGAUUAUGCUGAAUCUAAAAAUGAGGUUACGAACCGUGAUGUUAUCAGUAGUUAUUUUGAUCUUGGAGAGGCCUUAUAUAAGUGA